AUCAUGCCGAGGCACCGUUGUUGCUUAGCCACCUAGCAUUUGCUAGCAGCUAAUGCAGCUAAUGCCAUUUUCUCCGCCACACUAACAUAUUUAUCUGCAAAUAUCACCGUCAGCGGGCAUCGAUAGCCGCCGCGGUGGCUCCGGCACCAUGAAUGAAGCCUCUCCUCCUGUUGUGUGGAGAUGACCUGCCUCCCGACUGGGAAUGGUCAGGAUGGGGCCAGGUGUGCCCCUUCUAAAUGAGUACAAGCAGGAGUUCUUCUGGAAGCGAUUCCCUCAGACAGUUUUGGGGGGUCCGCGCUUCAAGCUGGGCUACUGUGCACCUCCAUACGUCUACGUCAACCAGGUGGUCCUGUUCCUCACGCCAUGGCUCUUCGGUGGACUCGGUACUCUCCUCUGCCAGCUGCAGCUGCUGCAGGAGCUUCAUGCCGCCUUGUUGUCGGGUCUGCUCAUGUUCGGGGCAGCAGCGGGGGUGCAGGCACUGGCGCUGUACGCUGCAAGAAUGAACGAUACUGUGGAGCGACUCAACAUUCCCAACGUCCUGGUGGAUGAAGAGGAGGUGGAGUUCACACACUGCGUUGGUCCCGAGACGGUCCGAUUCAUCGCACCUGGGAAGAGAUUUGGAUUAAACGUGGUGGUGCACACAGCUCUGGCUGGGGUGCUCUGCGGCUUCGGCACCUGGUACCUGUUCCUGAACAGGCUGACCGUUCUCUACGACAGCUUGGGUGCGGCUCUGGUGGUUUUUAUUCUGAGCUGGGUCACGCUGUGCAUCGCAGAGUAUUCUCUCAUCGUAAACACAGCGGCAGAGACGGCCACGUUCCAGGCUCAGGACACGUAUGAGAUCACGCCGCUCACCCGCCCACUCUACAUCUUUAUCUUCAUCGCUGUGGACAUCGCUGACAGGUUCUCCACCGCUGCACCUGAACUCCAGCUGGCCAGUCAGGUCCUCCAUGUGCUGUUCCUCCUCUUGCCUCUGCUGUGGGCGCUUGGCAUUCUACCGCCACUGGAUGCACUCUUGCUGUGGGCCAUGGAGCAGGUGCUGGUGUUUGGACUCGGAGGUUCUCCGAUGUCAAGUAACCUAAGGCUGGUGUUGAUGUUUGCCAUCUCUACCGGAGUCGCAGUGUCCAACUACUUCAUUCCAUCCUCACUCCUCCUUGUCAUCUUCUCCACCUCCAUGGGUUUUUUGCUCAGUCUGGACCUCAGCCAGUUCGGCUCACUCUGCAAAAGCACCUCCAGAGCACACGAGACCCGAGGGCCUCACGGGGGCUCCCCUCCACCCCCACCUCCAAACGCCUUCGGCUGGACCCUCGGCUGUAGGGAAGGGUUUUCCUACUGCAGCCUGCUGCUGGCGGCUACGACGGAGGCGGGACUGUUGCAUCACUUCCUGUGGUCCACUCAGGAUCACACCUUUAUCGCUGGACCUCAGGCACCAGUCAGCUACCUCAUCGUGGUCCUCUUCUGCCUCUGCUGGACACUCCGAGAGAUCCAGGGCGCAUAUGUUCUCGGGGGAGUGUUCCUCAAUCCCAUCUACCCUAAAGGCAUGUCCAGUGUGCAGACCUUUAAGAAGAAGAGCAGAGGAUUGUUUGUCGCUGCAGCAAUCAGGAGAGUCCUGCUUUACCUGGUGGCUCCUCUGGCCAUGGUGGCGUUCCUGUCGCUGGAUCUCUCCCUCCAGAGCGUCCACACACCUUCUCUCAGCGUGGGAGCGACACGAGCCUUCAGAGUGGUGUGGCAGAGUUCAGAAGACGCCCUCCUGCAGAUGGCUGUGGUCAUCUUGGUGCGUCUCGCUGCUGGGGACCAGACUCUAGCGGGCUGGGACGAGCUAGGCACCGGAGUUCAGCUUCUGCUGGUGGGCCUCCUGAUCGACCGAGUGACCCAGUUCCUGGCCAAGCUGAAGUUCACGCUCACUGUUCUGGUGACGUCCUGGACAGAGAAGAAGCAGCGCCGCCAGUCAGCUGGAGCUCUGCUGGCCCUGAACGCCUGCCUGUGUCCUCUGGUGCUGGCGGUGGUCACCCUGUCUGCCCUACUAUCCGCCCCUCUGCUGCCCCUCUUCACGCUCCCAAUCUUCCUGGUGGGCUUCCCAAGACCCCAGCGCAGUUGGCCUGGGCCUGUCGGGACGGCCUGCCCAUGUCCUGACUCCAUCCUCUACCAGCAGAUGAGUGCAAGUCUGGCCUCAGCUCUGAGGACAGCGUUUGCCCGAGGGUCUCUGGGUUCCCUGUCCCCGGGCACACACUUCCUGGGCCGCUUUCAGGACCGCAUGGUUUGGAUAAUGAUCCUGGAGAGGGGAUAUGGCUACUGCACCGUCAACAUCAAGGGUCUGGAGCUCCAGGAGACGUCAUGCCACACGGUGGAGGCUCGCAGGGUGGAUGAGGUUUUCGAAGCAGCGUUCGAGCGUCCGGAGCAACUGGGCUUCACUCAGGGCUUCAACCUGCACUGGGCGAACGCUCUCACUCCCUGCACGGCGCUACCCGUGUUGGUUUACUCCGAUGCCAGGAAUGUCCUUUCCGGCAUUAUUGACUCUCACGACAAUCUGAGGAAACUUCAGGAUGACUUCCUGAAGGUUCUGGUGUGGCUGCUUCUACGGUACAGCGUCCAGAAGCAGAAAGGACUGAUGUGGUUUAGUGAAGAUGGGACAACCAUCGGAGGAAGGAAGUCCCAGUCCUCCCAGCUGGCCCAGACCACCAGCAACCCUCCACCUGAGGCGGUGGUCGUGGAAUCUAAUGUGUCCUCUCUCAGGUUUAAGCAAGACAGCUCCAGCCUGACCUCCUUUGGAGACUGGUCUGAUGAGGAUGACUUGUUCGGGCCACAACCAGCCCGGCGGACUGUUGCACUGGUGAGUGCCGAGGCAGGUCACACUGGCCUUCAGAUGGGUGCCUCGCUGCCUGGUUCGGUGGAGAUCGACAGUCUCUAUGAGAACAUGGCCCUCUCAGCCCUGCAACCCCUUCAACCUUUAGGUCUGGGCCUCGGGAUGCCAGCAGUGGAUAAAGGCCAUGAUACCGCUGUGUUACACGAACGAACAGGGUCAUUGCCCCACCUCCAGUUCAGCUGUCCCCAGUCUGAGCUCUUCAACCUGCCCACAUCAUGGCGGUCAGCCCCUCUGCUGCCGUCCCGCAUGCUGCAGCUGAGGACUUUGUUCCCGGAGGAGUGGUUCAGGUUCAGCCUCGGGCAGUUUGGGCCUGUGGUGCAGAUGGGCUCCUGCGAGGACAUGACUAAAGCCCUGAAGGAGGACGAGACCCUGAGAGACCUGCACGCUCAAGUCGCCCUGUCGUGUCUCGUGUCUCUGGGCGCGGAGUCGUCGUUCACCAGCCCCAGCUACGUCUACAGACUCUACUGUGGCGACGUGCCCUGGACCGAAGGACUGGACUGGCUCAUGUCCAGUAAAGAUCUGCACCAGCUCACUCUGCGGGCGUUCAGGUUUAGCUUCAAGCUGCUGAUUGACCAGGCCAGUCUGGGACCCAUGGAGUCCCUGGAGGAGCUGUUCACAGCCCUGGAGGAAUACGAGAGGGACUGGUUCAUCGGUCAGGUGACGGAGAAGGGCUGGCGAGAUGGCAUCCUGCAAGAGAAACCCUUCCUCUUCUCGCUGGGUCAAGACCUUGCCAUGGGGACCCACACUGGGCGCGUCCUGUCCCUACAAGAGCAGCUGGUUCAGGUGGGCCGUCUGAACGGAGAGGGGGUCCGCGGCCAGUGGGCUAACUUGUCCUGGGAGCUACUGUACGCGACCAAUGACGACGAGGAGCGCUACAGCAUCCAGGCCCAUCCCUUCAUGCUGAGGAACCUCACGGUCCAGGCAGCGGAUCCUCCUCUCGGGUACCCCAUCUACUCCACCACACCCCUGCACUUCCCCUGCUUGUAAACAUCGUAUCGUUGCUCACCGGAGGUUCAGUACUCUGGAACAAUUUCAGUUUGUUCCCUCAUGUAACAUGAGUCUCUAGAACAGCGUCAAUAUUUCUGAAACUGGCCACUCUGGAGUCCAGACACAUAUUUGGUUAGCAACGGUGACUCCGUUCACAUUAUCAUCCUAGUCUCAAAAUUGACCAUCAUUUAUGGGCGGAGUCAGUCAAGUCGAGGAAGGUUUGUGGUUUUCGGACAUUUUCCCACAAAUAUUUUCAGAAAGUGACAGACAUAUGUUGAAAUAUCGCAGUGGUGCCUUUUGUAUGUCUUUUUGUAAAAGUGGAUCUUUGUUUACAACUUCAAACACCUGUCCAAAGUUUCUUGUAUAUUUUGUAUUUGUGUCUGUAAAUAUUUUAAUAAAGAGUAAAAUGCCGCAGGAAGG